AAAAGUAAUUUUGUUUAUUUACAAGUUUCAUUUAAACUUUCUAUUUGAAAAUAAGAUUCACAAGCCAAAAGUAGACUAUUUCUUAACUUUUUAAGACAACUAAUAUUAAAGAUGAGUGAUUCCGAACCCGAUAAUGAUAAUUGGGAUGUCGAAAAGUAUAGAGUUGAUUAUGAAUCAGAAGAACAUUGGGAACUAAGAAAAGCAUUUAUGGAAACCCAUCGUGAAAAUUUCGGCGAAGAUGAGAUUGUGUGCUUAGCAAGAGUAUUCACAAAUGUUGAAUUUCUUGGAUGUCGCUACUCGAAUGAAGUCAUGAAACAAAUUGCCGAACUUUCUAAGGGGAUCAUUGAGAAAUAUCGCAGAUCUAGACAAGGACGACUUAAGAGAACAUUUGUUGGUGCAGCGGAAGCAGCUCAAAACAAAGUGCAAAGAAAAUAAAAUCUUAAUUUUAAUAAAUUUUAUUUCUAAGACAUCUACAAAACUAAAAAUAUUGUUUUCAUUCUUCAUUAUCGUAAUUUGAGGACAAUUCACAUUGAGUUCGCGCUGCCUUGAACCUUUCAACUGCUUCUCUUGUUAUUUGGGGACAUCCCCGAACAUCUAAUUGAAUCAGUCUUGGAGCAUUUGUUUCGAAGUGGGACAG